UGGUUACUGAAUACGAUAAAGGGUCUUUAAAUUUACUGAGUAUCGAGUCUGUGAGAAGACAACACAUUGCUUGAAAUCUAUGAGUUUUUACUAAACAAGAUAAUGAAAGGAGUUUCCAGUUUAUGUGGUUUGUUUAUCCUAACACUUGUAAUCCAGUCCUGUACAAGUCAUGUUAUUCAACGACGCGGAGCACUGUCCUAUAUCGUCCACAAGGGAUGUCUCUAUCUUUCGCACUAUGUGAAGGACAACUACCCCGUUCUGGAACCGACCCACGACACCUCAGUGGCUGGCGUCACGAACUGGGUGGACUGGGCCAGGGACGUCGCCGACGCCUCGUAUCUGCCCACCGAGCUGCUGCAGGGACUCGUCAAGUGUGGGAGGGGAUACACGUUCUUCGCGUUCAAUGCGCCGCAGAGACUAAUACACGAACACGGCCUUGAUCCCACACAGCUCAUUCCUGGAAAAUAGCUGUUAGUGUAAUCGUGAUUCCUGGAAAACAGAGCUCUGUUAGUGUGAUAGUGAUUUCUGCAAAACAGCGGUUAGUAUAACUAUGAUUUCAGGUAAAUAGCUUUUUCUGGGAAACUGAGCUUUGUUAGUAAAAUCAUGAUUUAUUGGAAACAUAGCUCUGUUAAUUAAAUAAUAAUUUCUGUAAAACCGCUGUUUAAAAUGAUUCCUGGUAAAUAACUUUAUGUGUAAUAAUGAUUCCUGGAAAAAUAAAUGUCAAUGUAAUAAUGAUUCCUUGGAAAUAAUUGUUAGUGUAACAAUGAUUCCUGAAAAAUAGCUGUUAGUGUAACAAUGAUUCCAGGUAAAUAGCUGUUAGUCUAAUAAUGAUUUCUUUAAAAUAGCUGUUAGUGUAAUAAUGAUUCCUGGAAAAUAACUGUUAGUGUAACAAUGAUUCCUGGGAAACGACUGUUAGUGUAAUAAUGAUUCUUGGAAAAGAGCUGUUAAUGUAAUGAUUCCUGGAAAUUAGAGGUUAAUGUACUAAUAGUGUAACCAUGUGUUAUUAUUCAAUAAAGAGCUAACUUUA